AUGCUUGGAGGCCGUCCCCUCUUCGUGCUCUUCGUCUCCUCCAUCCUGCAGUACAGCUUUAGCAAUGGUGGAUGGGGCGCCGCGCUUGCCGACAUCUACGCCCGCAAGGAUUCAGCAGUGCAGCCUUCUUUGGUAAUAGUUUACUUUGGUGGAAACGACUCCAUUGCUGCUCAUUCUUCUGGUCUUGGGCCUCAUGUGCCGCUAGAUGAGUACAUAGGGAACAUGAGAAAGAUUGCAGAACACCUAGAGACCCUCUCUGAGAAGACACAAGUAAUUUUCCUGAGCUGCCCACCUCUGAACGAGGAGAUGCUUCGAAACUCAACCAGCAGUACUAUACUUAGUGAGAUCGUCCGGACCAACGAAACCUGCCGUCUGUACUCUGACGCCUGCGUAGCUUUGUGCAAGGAGAUGAACCUGAAGGUGGUUGAUCUCUGGCAUGCCAUGCAGAAGAGGGAGGACUGGAUCACUGCAUGCUUCACGUGA